AUGGCUUUACGCUUGCUUCUUGUUAUGGCGGUUUUGCUCUUCUGCAUGGCGACGCAGGUCUCAUCUGAUUCGAAUAUGCAAGACCAUGAAACCCAGGUGGUGAAAGGAGCAAACAGAAGGCUUUUACCCUACCCGAAUUGUGAUGAAUUAUGCAACUCGAGGUGCAGGUUGCACUCAAGGCCAAACGUGUGCACAAGGGCAUGCGGUACCUGCUGCGUGAGGUGCAAGUGUGUUCCUCCGGGUACCUCCGGCAACCGGGAGGCCUGUGGAAGGUGCUACACUGAUAUGACCACCCAUGGCAAUCGCCUCAAGUGCCCUUAA